CGCCUUCAUCAGGUGAUGGCUAGCCACCGGGUGGCCACGCCGCAGGUCUCAGGAGAGGAUACACAGCCCUCGACCUAUUCUGCCGCCGCCGCCGCCGCCACUGAGGCUCAGGGACCCACCCCGGAAGCCCCCCUUGCUUCUCCGCAGACCUCCCAGAUGUUAGUCACCAGUGAGAUGGCUGCCCCCGGGGCCCCGGCAACCUCUGCACAGUCCCAGACAGGCUCCUCGGCCCAGGAGGCUGCUAACGAGGGCCAUAGUAGCGCCUGUGCUUUCUCUCGGGCUCCCAGUGCCAGUGAGGUGGACACAGCCACCCGGCCCAACACAGCCUUCCUGGGUCCGAACGAUGUCUUUGAUUUCACCCAGCCGGCGGGUGUCAGUGGCAUGGCCUUCCCACGCCCCAAGAGACCUGCCCCAGCCCAAGAGGCUGCCACAGAGGGCCCCAGUGCUGCCUCCGGGGUGUCCCAAAUGGGACCUGGCAGGGAGGUGGCAGACCGGCCCAAGACCACCAAGUCUGGGAAGGCUCUGGCCAAGACUCGGGUGGAGCCUCAGAACGUUGUGGCAGCAGCUGCUGCCAAGGCCAAGAUGGCCACAAGCAUCCCUGAGCCGGAGGGUGCAGCUGCUGCUACUGCUCAGCACAGUGCUGAGCCCUGGGCCAGGAUGGGAGGCAAGAGGACCAAGAAGUCCAAGCACCUGGAUGAUGAGUAUGAGAGCAGCGAGGAGGAGAGAGAGCCUCCUGCGGUCCCGCCCACCUGGAGAGCAUCACCGCCCUCAUUGACCGUGCGGGCUCAGUUGGCCCCUCGGCCCCCAGUGGCCCCGAUCCAGAUACCCUCAAGGCACGUACUGUGCCUGCCCCCCCGCAACGUGACCCUUCUGCAAGAGAGGGCAAAUAAGUUGGUGAAAUACCUGAUGAUUAAGGACUACAAGAAGAUCCCCAUCAAGCGCUCAGACAUGCUGAAGGAUGUCAUCAGAGAGUAUGACGAACAUUUCCCUGAGAUCAUUGAACGAGCAACGUACACCCUGGAAAAGAAGUUUGGGAUCCACCUGAAGGAGAUCGACAAGGAAGACCUGUAUAUUCUUGUCUGCACACGGGACUCCUCAGCUCGCCUCCUUGGAAAAACCAAGGACACUCCCAGGCUGAGUCUCCUCUUGGUGAUUCUGGGUGUCAUCUUCAUGAAUGGCAACCGUGCCAGUGAGGCUGUCCUCUGGGAGGCACUACGCAAGAUGGGACUGCGCCUGGGUAUGAUGGCUCCCCAGCUCCUCCCUGGGGUGAGGCACCCAUUCCUUGGCGAUCUGAGGAAGCUCAUCACAGAUGACUUUGUGAAGCAGAAGUACCUGGAAUACAAGAAGAUCCCCAACAGCAACCCGCCUGAGUAUGAAUUCUUGUGGGGACUGCGCGCCCGCCAUGAGACCAGCAAGAUGAGGGUCCUGAGAUUCAUCGCCCAGAAUCAGAACCGAGACCGGGAGUGGAAGGCUCGUUUCUUGGAGGCUGUGGAUGAUGCUUUCAAGAAGAUGGAUGUGGAUAUGGCCGAGGAGCAUGCCAGGGCCCAGAUGAGGGCCCAGAUGAAUAUUGGGGAUGAGGCUCUGAUUGGACGGUGGAGCUGGGAUGACAUACAGGUCGAGCUCCUGACCUGGGACGAGGACGGAGAUUUUGGCGACGCCUGGGCCAGGAUCCCCUUUGCUUUCUGGGCCAGAUACCAUCAGUACAUUCUGAACAGCAACCGUGCCAACAGGAGGGCCACGUGGAGAGCUGGUGUCAGCAGUGGCACCAACGGAGGGGCCAGCACCAGCGUCCUAGACGGCCCUAGCACCAGCUCCACCAUCCGCACCAGAAAUGCCGCCAGAGCUGGCGCCAGCUUUUUCUCCUGGAUCCAGUAA